AUGCCUUCAAAGAGACCACCAUCUCCCUCCACCACUCCCGACUCCGAUACGGUCCGGCCAUCCCGACGACAUCUCCCUGCUCCCAUCGUCUCUCCACUUCGCAUGCAACAAGCCGCCGAGCUCCUUGCCUCCGCAAAGCAAGAGUGCUUCGAGACGCAUCAACUCUGGCAAGACGCCAGCAACUGGGGCGAUAGUCACUCCGAGGUUGAAGCCGCGCUCAAAGCCAGGCUCGACAUCAAUGCCGAGACACAAGCAGAUCUCGAGAAUUUCAUUUGGCUUGCUACCAAUCGCGCUUUGGGAAUUGAUGAUCCUAGACCUGAGCAGAUCGAACUAGCAUUCAAGCUCGCGGGCCGCAGUCCUGAGAAGAAAGGGUUCUGUAAGUGUGUUGGAAAUGGUGCUGGGCCGAGCGGUGUGCUGGAGCGGACUAUCGAUUUGAGGGAUGCGGAUGUGGACUGGAGUACACCCUCUUCUUCUUUUCUUGCAGAUGAGGUUGAGCCAAGAGGUGAGAGUACUUGGUCGGGUUGCUAA